AUGCCUUUCUUCGAGGGUUAUAAGACUCUUCGUAGGAUUAAGGAAAGAAUUCGGGGAGUGCGGCGUAUGAAGGAAGAUCCUUUGGAGGGGGAGAGGGCCAUUGCUUCGGACUUCUUCGACCGCUGCAAGAUAUUCAACACUACUGUUGGCACUCUGUCGAAUGUUAUGGAGAAACUAGCGAGUGUCAACAACGAGUUGGUAGAAUCAACUAAGUCCUUCUACCCUAAUGACAAUCCGUACGCACCCAUAAGAGCUACUAUGAGCGAGGCUUUAGAGCACCUCAAGACCACCAUCCGGGGCCGAGGCAAUAAUCUGGAAGGCAUGAAGUAUGCAUCUGAGCAGCUGAUGAAGCAAGGGUUGGAUAUGAACACUAUGCUCACCGACCGGGACCGGGCUCAUAAUUUGAUGUCACAUUACGAAGUGAAAGUUAAGAAGCUGAAGGGCUCCAAGAAAACUCAUGCCGAGAAGAUGGAUAGGAACCAACUGAAGCACAGUUUUGCCACGCACUCAUUCGAGGAGUUAGAUAAGGAUGCACACAGUAGGUUGUCCGGAGUACUAGCUACUCGUGAUAAGGAGUUCGCCACUCUACUGGGGCUGUUAUGCUCGUACUUGGCCACAAUAACAAGAGAGAUGGAGGAGUGCACGAAGCCACUGGGAGCCGUCUAUAAGAGGGUUGAGCUAAUCCAUGGCAGGAAUCGUGAAGGGAUGGAUGCCAACCCCUUCCCAUCUCCAUCUCUCAACCCGUUUGACGAAGUGAAUUCCGAAGUGACAGUAUUACGUGGUCAUCGCCAGUCAGGACAGCUUGGUCAUCAUGUGCCAGCUUCCCAGAGUGUUAAGACAGUGAUCACUCACCCGAGUAGCGAGGUCCAGCAGAAGACGCCUUCGGGUGUAUCUGUGGAAGUCAUUCCUGACGCUGGCACACCGACAACAGUGAAGCAUAUUUCGAGGGAUGAUGCCGAUGCCUUUGAUCCGGACGCUAUCAUGGAAGAGGAGACCAUCCGGGUGGGCGAGCAGAGCUCUGUCGGGAGUCUACCGGGCUCUGCUACUAAGCAGGAGGAGACACCUGAGGAGGAUGACAAGGAGAGCCACUUGAUGGACAUAAUCAAGGGAUAA